AUGACAUCAGUAGCUUCCUGGCUCCCAUUUGUGAGGGCUUCUGCAAUUGGCUGGGUACCAUUGGCUCAGAAACCCAUUCCUCCACCUUUCAUUAAAUCCGAUCAAGAACGGAUUGACACAAAACUUCGCAUCAACGUCAGUGGCACACACUUUGAAACAUGGAGACACACAGUGGAAAAAUUUCCUGAUUCCCUUCUGGGCUCCGACGAAAAGGAAUAUUUUUAUGAUCCUACGAACGAUGAAUAUUUUUUUGAUAGAGAUCCCGAUCUGUUCAGAUACGUAUUAGCGUACUACAGAACAGGUAAAGUUCAUUUUCCACGACGAGCAUGUCCAGAGGAAUUUGAUCAGGAGUUGGCUUUCUUCGGUUUGGUUGCGGCUGAUUCCAUGGGCGAUUGUUGUUACGAAGAGUACAGAGAUAGGAAGAGGGAUAGUUCAGAGUUAAGUUCAAACUCUGCCGAUGGAGGGUUAGGAGGUGGUGAUGAGACGAAACAACUUCCUCCUGGUGCUUCAUUGAGGGAAAAAAUGUGGCAUUCCUUUGAGUACCCACAUUCAAACACUUCUGGUCUUGUUUUUUACUACGUGACUGGUUUCUUCAUAGCUGGAUCAGUUCUUGCAAACGUAAUGGAGACGGUGCCCUGUCCGAACCUGUUUGGUGCUGAAACCACGAUUACGUUGGCAAAAUCUGAGGAGUCGCAAUCGUGCGGCGAAAGAUUCGAGAUUGAAUUAUUUUGCGUCGAUACAGCCUGUGUCCUGAUAUUUUCCAUGGAAUACAUUCUUCGACUGUACGCAUCACCGAACCGACUCAAGUAUGCUACCAGUGUCAUGAGCGUGAUCGACGCUGUUGCCAUCCUUCCUUAUUAUGUCGGACUGGGAUUAUCGGACAACAAGGAGCUCAGCGGUGCUUUUGUCACUCUGAGAGUUUUUCGAGUCUUUCGAGUUUUCAAAUUUUCGCGACAUUCCCAAGGACUUCGCAUUCUCGGGUACACGUUGAAGAGUUGUGCCCGAGAGUUGGGUUUUCUACUUUUCUCAUUAACGAUGGCGGUUGUUAUUUUUGCAACAGUCAUGUUUUAUACCGAGAAGAACGUUCCUAAAACAGAGUUCACAAGCAUACCUGAAGCCUUCUGGUACACCAUAGUUACUAUGACAACUCUAGGAUAUGGUGACAUGGUUCCGAAGACGAUAACAGGAAAGUUGGUUGGGGGAAUUUGUUCGUUGAGUGGGGUGCUGGUCAUCGCCCUGCCCGUCCCUGUCAUCGUCUCCAACUUCAGCCGCAUCUACCAACAGAGUCAACGCUCUGAUAAGAGGGACGCUCAUAAGACGUCGUGUUCUGCCUAUGUAUGUGCACCAUCCUUUCUGGAUGUAAACUAUGAGGAUGUGAAGAACCAUGUGCAAGCAAUCUUGCGCUUGUCAGAGUUUCGCAGUAAAGAAGGAAGUUGCAUUGUCCUUUGA